AUGAAUUCUGACUCGAGCUCUGUCUCCAGCAGAGCUUCGUCGCCGGACAUGGAUGAGAUGUAUCUGAGGGAACACCACCACCACCGCCACCACCACCAGGAGAGCCGUCUCAACUCGGUCUCCUCCACGCAGAGCGACAUGGUGCAGAAGAUGCCCGGGGAGAGCCUCUCGCGCGCCGGCGCCAAGGCCCCCGGUGAGAGCAGCAAGUACAAAAUCAAGAAGCAACUGUCUGAGCAGGACCUACAGCAGUUAAGGCUGAAGAUCAACGGCCGGGAGCGCAAGCGGAUGCACGACCUCAACCUCGCCAUGGACGGGCUGCGCGAGGUCAUGCCCUACGCGCACGGGCCCUCGGUGCGCAAGCUCUCCAAGAUCGCCACUCUGCUGCUGGCCAGAAACUACAUCCUCAUGCUCACCAGCUCCCUGGAGGAGAUGAAGAGGUUGGUCGGCGAGAUCUACGGGGGCCACCACUCUGCCUUCCACUGCGGGACCGUGGGCCACUCGGCCGGCCACCCAGCGCACGCCGCCAGCGCGGUGCACCCGGUGCACCCCAUCCUGGGCGGCGCGCUCUCGUCCGGCAACGCCUCGUCGCCGCUGUCCGCCGCCUCGCUGCCGGCCAUCGGCGCUAUUCGACCUCCCCACUCGCUGCUCAAGGCGCCCUCCACGCCGCCCGCGCUGCAGCUGGGCAGCAGCUUCCAGCACUGGGCCGGCCUGCCCUGCCCCUGCACCAUCUGCCAGAUGCCGCCGCCGCCGCACCUUUCAGCUCUCUCCACCGCCAACAUGGCUCGGCUGUCGGCCGAGUCCAAGGACUUGCUCAAGUGA